AUGCCCAACGCACCCCCAAAGAGAUUCCUACCGCGGCUGCACAUACAGUACCAGAUCAUGCUGGGGCAACUGCAUGAUGCUUUGCGUGUUCAACCACCUCCCUGGUCCCGGACGGCCGCGUUCGGACGGAUCGAGGUCCACUCUAUCUGUUCUUACAAGCCUGACCCGACCUCAAAGACCACACUGGAGUCCCCUUUGCCCGGGCUCUCUGUGCCAAACCACGAAGCCUAUGCUCAGCGGCACGGGUACCGGUACGUUGUGCAUAGAGAGAACGCUCUGCCGGAUCGGGAGGCUCACUACAGCAAGAUGUACGUCGUCUAUCAGCGGCUGACUGGGCAAAGAGCUCACUGGGCUUUCGACGCCAAUAGACCAGAAGAUGCGCCCCCAGACUGGAUCUUUUUCAUCGACUGCGAUGCCUUCUUCACCGAUUUCGAAACAUCCGUUUCUGACCUGAUAAACACAUAUGCGCAGCCUGUGCCUGGCAGCGUCGACUUCGCGCAUUUCUUGGUAGCAGAAGACCCUGGUGGGAUUAAUACUGGGGUCUUCAUGGUGCGAAACUCCGCUUGGUCCCUGCGAUUUCUUGAGCGCGUGGCAAGCAGCACGUUUACUGUCGCAUGGGAUCAGUCAAUGUUCUUCUGGCACAUGGUUCGCGCAGCCCUGGAAAUGAAUCUGGAAGACUUCAGCUAUCCGCCUGAGGUGCGCUUAGUGCACCAGGCGCACUUCAACGCGUUCGUGCCGCCAGCGUCGGUAGAUUGGAUGGCCCACGAGUGGCAGCCGAGUAACUUUGUUCGGCAUUUCGCAGGCUGCCCAUGGCAGGAGCAACCAUGCCUGCAGAUGAUGAUGGAUCCUUGGAUGAAUAUCAGCCCAAUCAAUGAGCAAUGCAUACUCAAAUGGUAA